AUGAUUGGCGAGGAAGAGUUGGAACACUGGCGUGAACUUUCGAGACAGGCAGAUAAAGCCAGCAGGAAGGAAAAAUGGGGACAGGCCGUCAAGUACUGCAAUUCUUUCCUCAACGCCGUGAAAGGUCACCUGGAUCCUAAAGACCCGCCAGUCUUGCGCGCUAAAAGAGAUUAUUCGGAAGCUCUUGCAGAAACAGGCGACCACGAGAAGGCCGACAAAAUCCAACAUGGUCUUUUGAAGGAUCUGGACUCGCCGGAUGGGCCGGACGAAGAAGCCGUGCUAUACGAUGUCCUAUUCAUGCGGAAUGCGAGGGCAGUCGAUCUGUCGAACCUCGGCGAUAUCUCUUCGACCAAGGAAGCCUUGAGAGUUCUCGUGAAGAUUCGCGAUCUCGGCAAGAGGGUCCUGGGGAAGGAUGACGACCUGUACUCUUCGAUCAGGAAGAACGUGAAAAUAAUCACCAAUAAUCUUGCGAAACUGCAGAAAGAAGAGCUAGUGGAGCAGGAACGAGAGGAGCGACGACUGGAGCAGCAGUCUGAAACAGCAUCUGCUCAGCAUCAAUCUUCACAGGAUAACGAGCAAUCGACUGAAACUGGUGCUCAGCUGUUGAACUACGAAACCCAGGCAUCAGCUCCAAUCAGCGUUCGCUUGAAGCAGCUUGAUUCGUUUGACCUUGGAGAUGAAGUGCUCGAUAAAGGCCCCCCUCGAGAUACCGACCUGAGGCCGCGUGCAACUGACCAGUCUCAACACGAACAGUCUCUGAGUCGUCCAGAGCGAGGGAUUAUCCAAGCACCACCAGCUGCCUCCGCUGAACCUGCUCCUCCGGUAAGCGACCGAAAACAUCCACCCCACAAAUUAUCGGACGCAACUCUAUUGAAUGGCAACGAAGAUGAUCUGGCUGGUGCGGACGACUGGUUCGACAUAUGGCUAAGAAAGUCCCAUGAUCUCCUAGAGAUGCUGCGACCACUACGGUCUGGCCCUGGGAAUCGACCGCGAAUCGCCAUUCUGGACACCGGGCUGAACACUGCACAUCCGGAAGUCGCAGAGCUUCACUCUAGAAGAGGACCUCGGAAACGAAUACAGGACGGCAGGUCCUGGAUUUCUUCUGGGUCCACAGCUAUCACCGACGGUGGUGACGAGUCACAUGACUCCAAUCAAGGCGGCACACUUCCUUGGUACGAGGAUGAAGACGGUCACGGCACACAUUGUGCCAUGGUUGCACACCAGGUAGCGCCAGAUGCAGACCUUUACAUAUGCCGCAUUUUCAAGGACCGCAACAGUGUGAGUGGCAGCUAUGUCGCCGAGGCCAUCGAGCAUGCUGUGCAGGAAUGGCAUGUCGACAUCAUCAGCAUGUCAUUCGCCUUAGCACAGUGGGACCACGAAAACAAAAAGGUCGUCUCCAAAAAGAUCUAUGACAAGGUAGGCGACGCCAUCUUCUUCGCCGCCGCCUCCAACGCCGGCAAGCACAGCGGCAUCACCUUCCCCGCCAGCCACCGCGAGGUCUUCAGCAUUCGCGCGGCCGACUUCCACGGCCGCGACGAACUCGUCUCCUUCAACCCGCUCUAUUCGCUCGAGGACGUCAACCUCAGCGUGCUGGGAUUGCACGUCCUGGCACCGCAUCGCGACCACGAGACCAGCCGUCGGUCUGGCACGUCCGUGGCCACCGCUGUUGCGGCCGGUAUCGCGGCGCUGGUGUUUGAGUUUGUGCGGCAGAGCGAGCAGACGCCGAUGCCCGAGCAGCCAUCAAUCCGGCACCUGGAUAAGCUGAAGACGAAAAAGGGCAUGAUCGGGGUGUUUCGGCUCAUGCGGGACCUGCUGCAGGAUGUGGGCAUGUGUCAGAAUCUACAGCCGUGGUAUCUGUUUGAGGGAGGUGCCCACGGUGAUGAAGACGGAAAGGUGGCGCGCCGGACCGCGUCGAUGCUCAUCGAUAAGGCUCUGAGCCAGUGA